UGCUCUACGUCGAGAAUGGGAUUUAUUCUUUAUAUUUACGUGUUUGUAACAGCCACUAUAAUCCUGAAUGAGCUAAACUGGACUGCGGCUCUAGAUGAAGUCUUCAAGAAGAACUGGGAGAAUGACCCGUCCCUCCUCUGGCAGGUGUUUGGCAGUGCAACUGGCCUGGCUCGAUACUUCCCAGCUUCCCCUUGGGUUGACACAAGGAGCACACCAAAUAAGAUUGACCUGUAUGAUGUACGCCGAAGGCCCUGGUAUAUCCAAGGUGCAGCUUCACCUAAAGACAUGUUGAUCCUGGUGGAUGCCAACUUAUUCAACAAUUCGGCCAAGUCGGUCGCCUGUUUUGAAAACCUGGUCCAAGCAAAUGUCCGAAAUAAAAAGAUUCUGAAGGAGGCGGUACAGAAGAUCACAGCGAAUGGCACCACUGACUAUAAAAUUGGCUUCAAGGAGGCUUUUAACCAGCUCUCCUCAAUGAAUGUUACAAGAGCAAACUGUAACAAGAUUAUCAUGCUAUUCACUGACGGAGGAGAGGACAGAGCUUCAGAGAUCUUUGAAGAGUACAACCCUGACAAGAAUGUUCGAAUCUUCACCUUUUCUGUGGGCCAGCAUAACUAUGAUAAGACACCAAUUCAAUGGAUGGCUUGCAAUAACAAAGGUUAUUAUUAUGAGAUCCCCUCUAUUGGAGCCAUCAGGAUCAACACCCAGGAGUACCUGGAUGUGUUGGGUAGGCCCAUGGUGAAAGAAGACAAGAAAGCAAAAAAUGUGCAAUGGACCAACGUUUACGUGGACGCUCUAGAAUUGGGUCUUGUGAUUACAGGCACUCUGCCAGUGUUCAAUAAGACCAGCACCAGGAAGAGUCAAGACAAGAAUAAGAACCAGAGCCAGUUGAUUUUAGGGGUGAUGGCCAUAGACGUGUCUCUGGGUGACAUCAAGAGACUGACUCCACAUUACACU